UAUACUGAAAGUCUGAUGAGCCUUUCAAAAGUUGAAGUGACAACAGCAGAUUCCCAAUCUCUACGGGACCAGGGGAACGGUUGCGGACUUCAGGGGGCGGGGGAACGAAGCCCACCGAGGCGAAACAAAAAGUUUCGAAAACCGUCUCCCGAAUUUCGGGAUGAUGGAGUCGGGAGAAGAGAUGGACAGUCGUACGUCCCAUCGGAUGGUUAUUCCAGGACCUCCGGUACCGGUGGAACAGACUGGGUGGAUGAGAACCAGAACGGCUAUACCAAAUUCCAAACAAAAGGGUCUCGAAAAGAGGCUGAUGGCCAGCAGCAGGAAUAUCAGGAUGGAGCGAUACAGCCAGUGGUUGAGCAGAGUGAACACUCCAACUAUCAGGUGGACGUCAUUGAAAGCUUUGAUGAUAUGAACUUGAAUGAAUCCUUACUCCGAGGAAUCUACGCCUAUGGUUUUGAAAAGCCUUCCGCUAUUCAGCAGAGAGCAAUCAAGCCCUGUAUUGAUGGAAUUGAUGUGAUUGCACAGGCCCAGUCGGGUACUGGAAAGACCGCUACUUUCUCAGUAGCAAUCCUUCAGAAACUUGAUGUGAACAACAAAUACUGCCAGGCCCUGGUCCUGGCCCCAACCAGAGAGUUGGCACAACAGAUCCAGAAAGUGGUGGUGGCCCUGGGGGACUACAUGAGUGCCUCAUGCCACGCCUGUAUUGGUGGUACUAAUGUACAGGCUGAUGUAGCUAAGCUGAAAUCUGGCGUACAGAUUAUUGUUGGUACCCCAGGCCGUGUGUACGACAUGAUCCAGCGCAAAGCUCUGGACCCCUCUACCAUUGAAUUGUUCAUCCUGGACGAGGCUGAUGAAAUGUUGUCAAGAGGGUUCAAGGAUCAAAUCUACGACAUUUUCAGAUUCUUGAAAGAAUCCAUACAGGUUAUCCUGUUGUCUGCCACCAUGCCAAAUGAGGUAUUGGAGGUGACAACCAAGUUCAUGCGAGACCCCGUUCGCAUCUUGGUGAAGAAAGAUGAACUUACCCUUGAUGGUAUCAAGCAGUUUUAUGUCAAUGUGGAAAAAGAGGAUUGGAAGUUGGAUACCCUGUGUGACUUGUACGAGACAUUGACGAUCACACAAGCUGUCAUCUUCUGUAACACGAGGAGGAAGGUGGACUGGCUCACCGAGAAGAUGUUGAGCAGGGACUUCACAGUCUCAUCCAUGCAUGGAGAGAUGGACCAAAAGGAACGUGAUGUGAUUAUGAGGGAGUUCCGUACCGGCUCUAGCCGUGUUCUCAUCACCACCGAUCUGUUGGCCAGAGGUAUUGAUGUCCAGCAGGUCUCCCUGGUCAUCAACUACGACCUCCCUGCCAACAGGGAAAACUACAUCCACAGAAUCGGACGUGGUGGACGAUUUGGACGUAAAGGUGUUGCAAUUAACUUCAUCUCGAGUGAGGAUAAACGUCCCCUGAAGGACAUUGAACAAUUUUACAAUACAAACAUUGAGGAAAUGCCUAUGAAUGUAGCAGAUUUGAUCUAGAUAUUGCAAUUGUGGUCAGAGUAAAGCGGAGAUAUAGCAUCUCAACCUGUGGAUAUAUAUCGCUGUCAUAGCAGAGGCGUACACACAAAGUGGAAUGUAACAUUGUCAAUUGGACACUGUAUACUGCAAAAUAUUUUUUGCCCGGAAUAUAAACAUUUUGGGUGUCCCGUGAGGAACUCUUGACAUUUAUAAUACUAGUGCGUACCUUUAUAAAGGUGAGCCAAGUUUUAUGGUUAUCAUAGAUAUACUGAGGACUUUGUUAAUAACCAUUCGUGGUUGAUCCUGUAAUCAACGGAGGACACAAUUUUAUAGUUAUUUAACACUAUCAAUAAUAUUAGUGUUUUUUUCUCCGAUAUUAAAUUAUUUUUAGUAGUGCUAGGACAUAUUUGGUGCCUGGACAGAUUUUUUUUUUAUAUACAAACUUUUUGUUCUCGUGAUUUUUUUUUUUUUGUAUAAAUUGUAUUGAAACUUGACAGGUGCAAAAUUGUGGGUGUGGUCAAGUGGUCAACAGGUGUUCUGUGUUUUAUUUAUAGUCUCGCUCUCUCUACAGUGAACUUGUUGGCACUUCGCUGCAGUACACGAAAAUUUCAACUAUUUCCGAUUGCUACAUCAAAUUAACGCUUAUCUGUGCUUACUUACUGUGAAAUACUGAUCAAUCAAUUUUUGUUGUGUCUCGAGAAAAAAAACUUUGUACAGCGUGCUAGUAAAUCACAACAUGUGCUGGUCGAAUCCAAGGUGGAAAAGAACAAUGUUCUGGGCAUACAACACCUGCCAACCUGUGAGUUAUGUGACAUGUGAAAAAGAUUCAAGCCAUAGAUGUAUUAAAAAAUUGUUGUACAAACCACAA